CGCAGUUUACCGUACGCUUUGACCCUCCACAGUCAAAAAAUGUGGGGUUUCUCCUUCCAGAGGAGAUUCCUCCACUCCUCUUUAUGUCUAAUGAAGAAGUUAAAUAAGAGUAAAACUCCCGCCGAGCAGCGCUGGUUGCAGCGGCAGCUCAAAGACCCGUAUGUCAAAGCUUCUCACAAACAAAACUUCCGGUGCAGAAGUGCCUUCAAGCUGCUGGAGAUAGAUGACAAGUUCAGACUGUUACAGCCUGGAUGUAGUGUGGUGGACUGCGGAGCUGCCCCUGGAGCCUGGAGCCAGGUGGCCGUGCAUAGGGUCAACUCAGCCGGGACAGAUCCAGCGGCACCACCUGGUACAGUAGUUGGCAUUGAUCUGCUGCACAUACCACCUUUGGAUGGCGCCUACUUCCUGUCCUGUCAUGAUGUCACCAUCCCCCCCACCCACGCUAAGCUGCUGGAGCUGCUCCCAGGGGGUCAGGCUCAUGUCAUCCUGAGCGACAUGGCGCCCAACGCCAGCGGUUUCCGGGAGAUGGACCAUGUGAAACUCGUCACAAUGUGUUUUUCUUUACUAGACCUGGCAGAGAAGAUUUUGCUGCCGGGGGGCUCUCUGCUUUGUAAAUACUCUGACGGCAUCCUGGCUCAUGAACUCCAGGAGAAACUCUCGAGAGUAUUUAACAGUGUUCAGACUUUAAAGCCGAAAGCCAGCAGGAAGGAUUCAGCUGAGAGAUAUUUCCUCGCUAGAAUUUACAAAAAGCCAGAAAAAUUAUCCUAGUUGUUUUGUCUUCUUCUGUGUGUCUUAAAAUGAAGUUUUCUGGAAAUUCA